AUGAUGAGCUCACAUUUAGAAGAGAAGCGCGCGGCAUUGCUGGGUCUUGCACCAAAAAAUGAUAAAUCUAAAAGUGAAAGCCAAAAAGGUUCAUCCUCUCGCAAACGAAGCAAUUCCAACACAAAUUCAUCAUCAACCACUUCUUCCACAACCAGUGCAUCGGGCUCGGGUAGAAAACGGAACAGUGCCAAUAGCAGUAGCACAACCAAUUUACAAUCUUCACUUACUUCAUCCAAUAGCAAUGCCUCUCUUUCAUCACUCUCCUCCACAAAUCCCAAUAUCCCUUCCGUUUCUCCUCCUAUUGGAUCUAAUUUACAAGUUUCCCAUAACUCGGGAACUUCUAUUACCAUUAGUCUGAUACAAACACCACCCAUUUCGAGCUCUGCAAGUACAGCAUCUACAAGUAGCAACUCCAUGUCUGCUUCCGUAGGAUACAACAACAACAAUAUGGUCCCGAGCAGUGUUUCUGUUGCUUCAUCGUUCAACCAACUUUCAACCGUAUCGAUACAACCAUCUGCGCCUGUGGUUGGAAGUGGACGGCUUGCUACACCACCUUCCACUACAUCAACUAUAACGAGCUCAUCUUCGCUUGUGAGUAAUACACAACAUUUGAACCAGGAUGUGCAUUCGAUAUUCCCUCCUCCAUCAACAAAUUCUCAACCUCCCAUUCCUGUUAUAUUACCAAAACUUGUUACACCACCGUUGUUAGGAGCAAAUGACAAUGAAAGCACAACAGCUGUAACAAUCGAUACGAACAUGAGUGCUUCCGAUGAUGGUGAGGAGAGUACUUUUAUUGAAGAAGAUGAUGACGAAUCAUAUACUGAUGAAAGUGAUGAUGAAGAAGAUGAAAAUUUUGACGACACGGAAGAGAUUGUUAUUGUAGAUGAUGACUUUUUUGAAAAGAAUUUAGAAAACGUUCCAGUUCAAGAACAAGCUCAAAUCAUACAAAAGAAUAUCAAUUCGGAACACGUACAAUUCUUACAUACUGUCACAAUGAUUCCGAUAACUACCUCUGUUCCUAAAUUAAAAAAACAAUUAGGAGCUGCUGGUUUUAGCAAGAAGCGAAUCACAAAGAAAAAGACAAAUCCUUCUUCAAUGCCUUUAGAACAAUUCUUUAAGAGGCUUAACACUGAACAAUUAAUCAAAUAUAGAAGAUAUCAUAAUAUUAACUCAGUUACAGGAGCAAGUAGCCGAGAAGAAUUAGAGGCAGCUGCUAUUAACCAUUUCAAGAAUGAAUGGCGUUUUGUUGGGGAAAAUAGAGUUAUUUCACAAUUUCUUCACAGAUUGAAUACAGCUAUUCCCAGACUGCGAAAUGCUAGCAGCGUGCUUCAGCAUCUAAGUGACCUAUGA